UUUAUCGUGCGUGUUAAGAUAUUGUUUUUCAAUAACGGCGAGUUGAUCGUCUAGGAAAAUAAUUUAUUUGUUUAGAUGACUUGAAACGCUCAAACAGCGUGAACAAUGUUUAUACUAAAAAUAAUCGUCAUCACUUCAGUGAUAUUUGAUGUCUGUUCACCGGCGGCACAGUGCGGCUCAGACCCUGUAUUUGAGUUUCAGUGUCUAACUCCCGAGUGUGACAGUGCAUUGGUGAAUGAUAAAAUCUCUGUGGGCCGACUUCUUGUUAGUCCAAAACAAAAUGUCACUAUUAUUGGUCAAAAUAACGACAUGUUUUUGAUAAAAAGCUUGAAGGGUAAGAUAUCUAAAAUCCACAAAAACCAUAUUAGAAUAUUUCAUUUGGCCACUGAUGAACAUUGGAAGUUUAAAGUAAAUGUUCUUAAAAAUAAUUUAGAAUUAUGCGAAUCAAGCAAUCUAAGUAAUGAAGAAAACGACAAUGAUUCCAGUAUCUCUCAUAUUAGUACAAAUACAGAUGAAAUGCAUUUUAAGAAAAGUGAUGGAAUUGAUACUUUAGAAGUCUUCCAAGAUGUUAAUAUAAAAAAUACUGAGCAAUAUGAUGAAAAAUUAAGUAACGAAACUGACUCAAUUUCUUCUGAAUAUGAUAAUGAUAUAGAUAAUAGCAUAGAAAUCGAGAGUGAAGAUGAAUUUGAUGUAGAUAAUAUUUUAGUUCAAAAACCAUCAACAAUCAGUAGCAUUGAUAGUAAUAUAGAUAAAAAUGCAGUUAAUGAUAUUUUAUUUACAAGGAGUAAUCAGAUUUUAAAUUCUGAUUCUGUUAAUUCUGAAAAAAAUUAUAAAUCUAAUUCUAUAAACCAACAAAAUACCCAUACAUCAACUAAUGAGCAGCAGUUGGAAAACGAUACUUCAGUAGAAUGUUCUUCAGGUUCUUGUGUAAAAGAAAUAAAUGAAAACAUUGAUACUGAAAAUUCGAAAAGUAAUAUUCCUCCAGAGAGUACAGACAAUUCCUUUCAACAAACAAUUGAUAAUGUACAAACAACUCAACAAUCACAUCAUUUAGAUAAAACAGAUAAUUUAAUAAAAGAACCAACUAAUAUGCCACCAACAAAUAUUAAUUCAAAAGUAAAAUUACAAGAUAAUAGUAUUGAAGAAACUAUUUUGAACAGUUCAUAUCAACAGAAAAUAGAAAAUGAAAAACAUAUCCAAGAACCAUCACAUUUAGAUAAGACAGAUAAUUCGAUAAAAUCAGUUAAUAUAGCUUCACAAAUCUCUAAUAUAGAUAUUAAUUUACAAGAUAAUAAUGAUAGCACUGAAAUGUUCUAUAUAAAUGAUUCUAAUCAAAAAAGUAAACCUAUACAAACUACUCAACAAUUACCAAGUGAAGAAGAAAAAAUAGAUGUCUCAAUAAAAGAAUCAGUUAACACUAAUAUAGUGCUACAAGACUCUAGUAUAGAAGUUAGUUUAAAAGAUAUUAAUAAAAGUACUAACAAUUUGAAUAUUAACAGUUCUUAUCAACCAAAAAGUGAAGAAGAACAAACUGUGCAACAAUUAUCAAGUAUAGAAGAAAAAACAAAGAUUUUAAUAAACGAGUCAGUUAAUAAUAUUGAGUCACAAAACUCCAAUACAGUUGAAGUUAAUAACGAUGGUACAGAACAGUUGAAUAAAUCUCAACACGAAUAUAUAAAUAAUGAUUCUUUAUCACCUAUCACUGAAGCAGGAAAUCAACAGGUUAAUACUGAUAAUUAUAUACAAUCACCUUUAUUAGAAAAAGAAAUUAUAGAAAUAAAUGAUGAAAAUAGAAUCUCAAAUGAUAAUAUUAUGUUUACUAAGGAGAAUUUAAGAGAUGAAAUUAUAAAUCAGCCAGUUAGUGAAACUUUAAUUGAUAUACCUGUAUUAUCUAAUGAUUACAAAGAACCUGAAUCUCAUUAUAUUCAAAAGGAUAAUUUACCUAAUGUUGAAUCUAAUGUUUUAAAUAAUGAUUCAACUGAUAGUAAUAUAACAAAUUCAUCCACAUUGCAGGAAUUAAUUAAUUCACCAGAAAUUGUUUCACCUACUGAUUACCAUACAACAAUUAUUAAUGAACCAGAUGUAACAGAAAUAUCAAAUAAAAAAUCAAUUGAUCAGUGUACAUCAGCUGAAUGUUUGAAAUCAAUAGACAAUACCCCAGAGUAUGAUAAUGAAAAAAUUCAACAUCAGUAUACACAUGAAAAUAAGGAAUUACCCUCUGAAAAUAUUCAUAAAUCUAUGGAACUUAAUAAUAAUGAACAGUUGAAAGAAUUUGUACCCAAAAGUUUUGUGGCAUCUUUUGGUCACCCAGAGACUUGUAGUGGAGUUAGCUGUCUUAAUUUUAAAAGGAACGUGGAUAAAACACUUAAGUCUCAACAGCCUUUAAAUCCAGUUCCUAGAAUUUUAAAUCCUGAUGAAAUUUCACACUCAACUAGUAUUGGCUAUGAAAAAGAAAAGGAAAGUAUAAUUAACAAAAUAACUGAGCAAUCAGAAGUGGAAUUGAAUUUCUUAAAUCAUCUUCAAAAUUGGUUAUCAUCUCCUACUAUGAUUUCAAUUGAUUUUAUUUGGAGUAUUUUUGGUGAUAACACUAGUGAAUAUAACGAUGUAUAUAUUGAUGCUGUUGAAAACCAAAAAAUUAAUGAACAUGAUAAGAAUAUCAAACAUUCAGAAUUGUAUUUCAUUGUUGUGGCUGCAGUUACAUUACUAUUUUCUCUAAUUUAUUAUAAAUAUCAAAAUGGAUCAUAUGAAAAUCAUUUGUUAACAUUACUAGCAGCUAAAGAUCAAAAUUUACUAAUUGUUGAAAAAGAAUUAUCAUUAUUAAAAGAACUAAAUUCUGGAAAUACACAAUCUUCAACAGAAAAAAAUUAUGAAAUUGAAUCAUUAAAUGAUCAUUUGACUAAAUCAGAGGAUAUUAUAUCAUCUCAAGCCAUACGAAUUGAAAAUCUUGAACAAGAAAUUGUAGAAUUAACUGAAAAUGGUAUGGAAAUGCAUACAUUAUUAUCUUCUGCAUUAGAAUCUAGUACAAGAAAUAAAGAACAAUUAAAUGCUUUGAAAGUAAAAUUGGCUGAUUCAGAAAAUUUGAUAGCAGCUCUUACACAAAAAAAUUAUGAAAAAUCUAUAGAAUUAGAAAAAAGGAUCGACACUGGAAAAGCUCUUUUAAUUAAUGUAGAAGAGUUAACUAGCAAAACUAAUAGUUUAGCUGAAGACAAUGCUAAACUAUCUUCACAAUUAGAAAAAGUUAUUACUAAAAAUAAAGUAAAAGAAUCAAAACUGCUUGCUGAAAUAGAUAGUUUGCAAUUUGAACUGGACAAGCAGACUCAUGCAUUAAUGACUGCAGAAAAUGAAGUUUCUUUGUCAAAGGAUGCUUUACAGGAAGUCUUGUCACAGAAAUUUAACCCAGCAGAUAGCAAACAUUUUUCAUCUUCAGUUAAAUUAUCUGCUGAACUCAAAUCAGCAAAACACAUAUCUGAAGGAUACAAACACAAAUUGAACGAAGCUUUAAAAUCAAAUCAACAAUUCCUAGAUAAUAUUGAAAAUUUGAAAAGUGAUGUUGUGGAUUUGGAAAAUAAAUGUUCAAAAUUAGAAACAAUGAAUGAAGAGUCAGUGAACAAAUUGAAUAUUCUAACGAAAUUUUUUAAAGAACAAGAACAGGAGUACCUCAAACAAAUUAAUGAGAAAACAGUAUUGUGUUACAAUAGAGAAGGAGAAUCUAGCGAUCUUAAUGAGCAUAUUAAAUCUCUAAAUCAAGAAAUUAUCAAUUACAGAUCUGAAAUUCAAUCAUUGAAAAAAGAAAUAACUGAUCAAGAAACAAGUUUCAAAAUUCAAUUAUCUGCAGCAGAUAAAAAAGCUAGUGACUAUUGGAUAUCAUUCAGACAAGCUGAGAGGAAACUUAAGGAAAUGGAACUUGAAACUGCUCAACUAAGAAAUAAGUUGACCAUGGUUGAUAAAAAACUUGAAAAUGGUGCUAAAAGCAUAGAUUCGUCCAAAGACUUUGAAGAUGAACUGUUGGACAUACCAUUGCCAACUGUGUCUCCAGAUUUCACAUUACUUUCAUUACUUGAUUUUGAACCGCCUCCUCCAAUUUUAACUAACGAACGGUUACCACCACUUGGUGCUUUAGGUCAAGCUCCAAGUCCACCAGCUCCUCUAGUAAGAAGGCACAAUCGAUCACUAUCACCUGGUUCUCCACCACCUCCACAAAGGUCUUCCGCAUUUCGGCCAUUGACUCAAAGAUAUAACUAUAUGAAUCGUGAAAAUUCAUUGGGUCAUUCGGUUGAAUCACUUGACAAAUAAUUAUAUUUUGCACACAUUGUUACUAUUAUAUUAUGCAAAUCUCUGUAAUUAUUUUCAGAAUUUUA